AGAAUACUUGGCUGGUCUCUCUGCCUGUAAGCUUGAAUCUAUGGUAGGCAAUUUUCACCUACACUUUUAAGAGAAUGUCAACAUUUGAGCAAUUUGAUAUAGAUUUUUACCAGUCAAACUAUACGAAUGAUGGCCAACAACAAGGUUAUAAUGGGUCUGGAGCCACUGGAAAUGUCCAUGAAAGCAAAAAAGGUUGGAUGGGUGGUUUGCCACAGUCGGAUGAUACCUUUGCUCCUCCAGAAAUGUUUUCAUCUUCUCAGCCAUACCAAGGCCAAAUCUUUCAACCGGCAUAUGCUUCUGAGUUUCCACCUAAUAGUGCUUACUCUGACAGCUUUGAUGAAGAACCCCCUUUGCUAGAAGAGCUAGGAAUCAACUUUGAUCACAUCUGGCAGAAGACAUUAACAGUCCUCAACCCGGCAAAGCCAGCAGAUGGCAGUAUUAUGAAUGAGACCGACCUGACAGGGCCAAUGGUUUUCUGCUUGGCCCUUGGAGCAACACUGCUACUGGCCGGGAAAGUUCAUUUCGGCUACGUUUACGGCAUAAGUGCUAUUGGGUGCAUCGCAGUCCAUGCUUUGCUGAACCUGAUGAGCAUAGCAAGUGUUUCGUAUGGAUGUGUAGCGAGUGUGCUAGGUUACUGCCUCCUACCCAUGGUGAUCCUAUCUGCAUAUGCAGUGUUUUUCUCCCUACAGGGAAUUCUAGGAACUCUGCUAGCGGUGGUCAUUGUUGGAUGGUGCAGCCUCUCUGCCUCCAAAAUAUUCACUUCAGCUUUGGCUAUGGAAGGUCAGCAGUUUCUGGUUGCCUAUCCUUGCACUUUACUCUACGGCCUGUUUGCACUCAUGACUGUUUUCUGAGCUUCGAUUUCUUCGAGCUGCACUAUAUGCCUGAUUGCAAAACCAAAGCCAUCUUCGGACAAUCUUUUACAGCACAUUGGAAAUGUUCCCAAAGCUUGGAUUACCUGGAUGGGAAUACAAUUCUGGAUGUAAUGCUUUGUGUGUUACGAAUUGAGCAUCACCUUCCCCAGGCAUUUU